AUGAUGGGGCGGUUCCCACUAGCGAAUGCUGCUCUGAGCUUGGCUCUUCUAGCCUUUAAUGCGCCGCUUGUAUUUUCUCUUGACAAUUCAUUUGUCAUUCAGCUGCAUGCUACUCGCGAGAGCUUUAGCUUACCUGAAGAUGGAGCAAAGAUGCGAACGCAGCACAUGACGACGGAAUCGGGUCAACAAUUUGAGUGCCUUCUACCGUCUUUAGCUUCUGGCGGUAAAAAUGGAGAUGUCGCAGAAACUACUGUGUCAGAUUCAUUGAUUGCCAAGAAGAAGGAAGAGAAAGAACAAAUUGCCGCCUUCAUGAGCUUUGGUCGGGCCGCGGCUAAUAAGAUUAAGCCUAAGUGUGUCAAAUAUGUGGACACACAGACCUACUGGGUCUAUGAAGUUUGUCCUGGCGUCCUAAUUCGCCGCGUGAGUCAUUCAAAGUCUACAAGUCUACUGGAUGUAUAUUUACCACCUGUGGAGGUCGAAGUGGAUGCGGCAAGUGAUAUAUCAUUUGACGAAGAUAAAGAGGAAGCUAUUGAAGUAGAAGCGGAGGAACUUGGUGAAUUUGUGGAAGACUCAAGUCUUGUGGCGCUAAGUUACGACCACUUUGCUUUGCCAGGAAUGCAAGAACGAUUGCUUCAUCUAAACAAACCACUGUUCACGCAGACGUUUGGCAAUAACCAGCAGAUUCAGGUGCAGUUCAUUUGCAGCGCUUUGCUGUUGGACGAUAAUAUCUCGGCUGUGCAGUGGAGGAAAGGUACAGAGGAGGGAAGAAGUCGCGAAAUUGCUGCAUUUUUGAUCGGCUCGAGGAUGUUUUGCAAUCCGCAACACGCUGACGUAGACGAAAACGACGUAUUUACAGUGCGGUCGUUAUUGCAGCCAUUAGAAGAAGCUCGUACGUGUGUGACGAGAAACGAAGGCUGGUGGACUUAUGAGUUUUGCUUUGGACGGUCGGUGAAACAAUAUCACAGGGACGGAGAUGGUCCAAUCACAGCUGAGUAUUCACUCGGUACAUUUGAUCAUGCAGGUAAUCAAGACUUAGAGCGCUUAGGCUCUGCAUUGGUUUCAGAGCAUAUUGACGCGACUCAUGAUGUGUCACGCCCUGCGUACUUGGAGUUGUACGAUCACGGCACAUUUUGUAAAGAGGGUGAAAGUCGUGCCCCUCGAAAAGCAAAAGUGUUUUAUUACUGCAGUCAGGGUGGUGCGAGUAAUCACAUUUUAGCAGUAAAGGAGACCCAGACGUGCAGUUACACGGUGAAGGUAUCUUCCCCAGUGCUAUGCGAACAUCCUCAUUUCUUUACUGACGAACAAAACAAUGACGAGGACAUUGAUAUUCUGCACUGUAUUCCAGUAGCAGAAAGCACGACAACACUCACUGAGUAG